AUGUAUUCCGAAAAGGAGCCCGAAGAUGAAAUUGUUCACAAUGAGGAGACGAAGGCACUACUAGAAGAGCUUCGUGAGUCGAUGACUAUUAGUCGUGAGAGUUUUCAACCGGCGGAAACGGCCCCUGCGCAGUCCUCUACUCAAGACGGUAAAACUACCACCACGUCGAGCCCUUUAUUAUUACCCAUUCCACCUAGCCAUAUGAUUCUUCGAUGGGAUUCUCCCAACCAACCCAUGCCCAGCUCGCACUGCAAGCUUAAAUUUCCGAUUGAACCAUCUACAUUAGAAAAUUUGGCUCGCUUGGUGGCUGAUAUGAACCCUGCUACAUUUGGUCUUGGUGGGAAAGAUGUAUACGAUGAAAGUUAUCGCAAGGCUUCAAAGCUCGACCCAUCUCAGUUCUCCUUGAAUUUCUCCCCAUAUGAAUGUGGAAUCAUCGAUUCGGUUGCACAGAUACUGCUUCCAGAUUGGAAAGCGGGCAGUAGCAAGCAUAGAAGCGUUAGGGCAGAGUUGUAUAAGCUGAAUAUUUACGUCGGUACGUCCGGUCACUUCCGUGCACACGUAGACACCCCACGCUCCGAGUCCCAAUUCGGGUCGCUUGUCGUUUGUCUACCGGUUGCUCACGAGGGUGGCCAACUCGAGGUCCGGCACAAUGGCAAGACUAUAUCAUUUGACUGGUCCAAGCUUGACAUCAAUCAACCAUCUAUUCGAUGGGCAGCAUUCUACAGUGACUGCGAGCACGAAGUCUUCCAGGUUCAAUCUGGGCACCGCAUUACGCUGACAUAUAAUCUUUAUGCCAUGCGUGGAAUUGGCCAACUAACUAGCCACCCUAAACCUCUAGAUUUGGCCCAGGUACCUCUAUACAAACAUAUGCAUACCGUCAUUAGUCAAGAGAAAUUCAUGCCAGAAGGCGGAUACCUAGGCUUCUAUACGACACAUGGUUAUCCUCAUACUAGUAGACGCUUUAGUGGACCAGGUACGCUUAAAGGCCUCGACAUGGCCAUAUGGGAGUGCUUUCAGGCUCUUGGGUGUUCUGUGUACCUACGUCCGGUUGGUCAAGAGAAAUACUACGACUCAAAGCGCAAAGGGGCUUUUGACCAGCGGGGACAGAUAUGGAUUGGUGGAAUGUUACAUGUGGCUGGACUCAACAACUUUAAAAGAUAUAACGAGGAGAUGGAGUCCCCGGAGGUCUAUGGUAACCAAGCAUCGGAGGAUGCGCUUUACUCGGUCUGUGCUAUUCUUGUCAAGGUGCCACCUUAUGCAGAAAGGGUUAGAGACAAGGCUUAG